AGGUGAUGCUGCAGCCAAGAUGGCGCCGGCGGCGGCCGCGGCUGCCUGAGCGGAAUGCUCCCGGUCCCUGGCGGCAGCGGUGGCAGCUGUGGCCUCGGCCGGGGCCUCAGGUCUGUCCCGGGCGUGAGUGCUCACGCGCCUCUCCUCCGGCCGGGUUAACCCAGACAAAGAGGAGACGGCCACGAAGAGAGGAGGCAGUGAGGAACGGGGAGAGAGCGCGGCGCCCCCCGCUUCGGCACCAUGGCUGGGCUCAUCAAGAAACAGAUCUUGAAGCAUCUCUCCAGCGAUCCCUGCUGGCUGUGGUGGAGAUUGGUGUGCUGUGAAUUUCAUAAUCACCCAAAUGAGUACCAGAGGAGUCUAAGAAACCCUGGCAACUGACUACUUGCUUUCACCACGAGUAGGGACCUUUUGUCUGAAUUUCCUGCCCUCAGAUAUCAGCUCAAAAGUCCCUAUUUCAAAGAAGAUCUGGAUUAAGAACCCCUACUGUAUUCACUCUUCACCAACUAAACUGAACAUUUCAGAAAGGCAAAAACCUUGAGUAUACUGCUUGCCAGUGUAUGUGUCGGAAUAGUGAAUCCUCAAUUUACCAAAAAUUUAUCUCCUGACAAGAUAAAUCUAAGUACCCUUAAAGGAGAAGGUGAACUGAAGAAUUUGGAGUUGGAUGAAGAGGUGCUCCAGAAUAUGUUGGAUUUGCCAACAUGGCUUGCUAUCAACAAAGUUUUUUGUAAUAAAGCAUCUAUUAGGAUACCGUGGACAAAACUGAAAACACAUCCCAUCUGUUUGUCCUUGGAUAAAGUAAUAAUGGAAAUGAGUACAUGUGAAGAACCACGAAACCCAAAUGGCCCAUCACCCAUUGCAACUGCUUCGGGACAAAGUGAAUACGGCUUUGCUGAAAAAGUAGUUGAGGGAAUUACUGUUUCUGUAAAUUCCAUUGUCAUCCGCAUUGGAGCAAAAGCCUUCAAUGCAUCCUUUGAACUUUCCCAGCUACGGAUCUAUAGUGUAAAUGCGAACUGGGAACAUGGAGAUUUAAGAUUUGCUCGUAUUCAGGAUCCACAGAGAGGAGAGGUUUUGACCUUUAAGGAAAUAAAUUGGCAGAUGAUUCGAAUAGAGGCAGAUGCUACCCAAAGCUCACAUCUUGAAAUUAUGUGUGCUCCUGUUCGAUUAAUAACCAACCAAUCAAAAAUCAGAGUCACACUUAAAAGAAGAUUAAAGGACUGCAAUGUCAUUGCAACAAAGUUAGUUCUAAUGCUGGAUGACUUAUUAUGGGUUUUAACGGAUUCCCAGUUGAAGGCUAUGGUACAAUAUGCAAAAUCUCUUAGUGAAGCAAUAGAAAAAUCAACAGAACAAAGGAAGAGUAUGGCUCCUGAACCUACACAGAGCUCUACAGUAGCCCCAUCUACCCAGCAAGUGAAGACACCACAGACUUCAAAUGCUCCUGAUCUAAAUGAUGCAAUUGUGAAACUAUUCAGUGACUUUGAUGUUAAAGAAACCUCCCAUCAUUUAGUGAUUUCUCAUCUAGAUCUACACAUAUGUGAUGAUAUUCAUGCUAAAGAGAAAGAGUCAAACAGACGUAUUACUGGAGGGGCUAUGCAACUGUCUUUUACACAGCUAACUAUAGAUUAUUAUCCUUAUCACAAAGCAGGAGAUAGUUGUAAUCAUUGGAUGUAUUUUAGUGAUGCAACAAAAAUAAAAAAUGGUUGGGCCAACGAGUUGUUACAUGAAUUUGAGUGCAACGUUGAAAUGCUUAAACAGGCUGUAAAGGAUCAUGAUGUAGGUUCACCUCCUAAAUCCCCAACACAUGCCUCUCCCCAGCACACACAAACAGAGAAAGACUCAACUCUGAAAGGGACUUCCAAAACGCCUACAGUGUUACCUCAACAAUCCAAAGUUAAGUUAAUGUCUAGUUCUGUUGUGGUUAGACUUGCAGAUUUCAAUAUAUACCAGGUCUCUACAGCAGAACAAUGUCGUUCUUCCCCCAAAAGUAUGAUUUCUUGCAAUAAAAAAUCCCUGUAUCUUCCACAAGAAAUGUCAGCUGUCUAUAUAGAAUUCACAGAAUAUUACUAUCCAGAUGGAAAGGAUUUUCCAAUUCCAUCUCCCAACCUUUAUAGCCAGCUGAAUGCUCUACAGUUUACUGUGGAUGAAAGAAGUAUUCUAUGGUUAAAUCAGUUUCUGUUGGAUUUGAAGCAGAGUCUUAAUCAGUUUAUGGCUGUGUACAAGUUGAAUGACAAUUCAAAAUCUGAUGAGCAUGUUGAUAUUCGAGUCGAUGGCUUAAUGCUAAAGUUUGUCAUUCCUUCUGAAAUGAAAUCUGAAUGUCAUCAAGAUCAACCACAUGCAAUUUCUAUUCAGAGUUCAGAAAUGAUUGCUACAAAUACAAGAUACUGUUCAAACUGUCGACAUUCUGAUUUAGAAGCUUUGUUUCAAGACUUCAAAGAUUGUGAUUUUUUCAGUAAAACAUAUACCAGUUUCCCCAAAUCUGGUGACAAUUUUAAUCUUCUGCAUCCAAUCUUCCAGAGACAUGCUCAUGAACAAGAUAGCAAACUGCAUGAAGUUUAUAAAGGAAAUGUUACUCCUAAGUUGAAUAAAUACACUCUUAAAACUUCUGCUGCCACGGAUGUUUGGGCUGUGUAUUUUUCUCAAUUUUGGAUAGAUUAUGAAGGGAUGAAAAGUGGAAAAGGACGACCAAUAAAUUUUGUAGAUUCUUUCCCUCUUUCCAUCUGGAUUUGUCAACCAAAAAGGUAUGCAUUGUCACAAAAAUUGCUGCAGACUUGUAAUCAGAUAUCUCUAAAUACAUCACAAAGUGAGUCUAGUGAUCUGACUGGCCGAUGGAAGCGGAAAAAGCUCUUGAAGGAGUAUUAUAGUACAGAGUCUGAUCCCUUGACAAAUGGUAGUCAGAAACCUUCAGAUACAUUUUUAAGAUUUUCCUCUUCAUCAUCAGAUGCAGAUAUUCAUGUCCUGGUUCACAUUCAUAAACAUGUCAGUAUGCAGAUCAAUCACUACCAGUAUCUGCUCCUGCUUUUCCUCCACGAGUCACUUAUUUUGCUUUCAGAGAAUUUAAGGAGAGAUGUAGAAGCUGUGACUGGCAAUCCAGCUAGUCAGACAUCCAUUUGCAUUGGAAUUUUACUUAAAAGUGCGGAAGUGGCUCUUUUGCUUCAUCCAGUAGAUAAAGCAAAUAGUCUUAAGUCUCCUGUUUCUGAAAGUGUGAGUCCAGUGGUUCCUGAUUAUUUGCCUACAGAAAAUGGAGAAUUUUUGUCUUCAAAAAGAAAACAAGUUAAUAGUGGUAUAAAACAAAUUAGAAGUGUAACUGUUAAUCAUAUGUCAGACAACAGAUCUAUGAGUAUUGACCUUAGCCAUGUCCCUUUGAAGGAUUCUUUGCUUUUUAAAUCAGCUAGUGAUACAAAUCUGCAAAAAGGUAUUUCUCUUCUGGAUUAUUUAUCAGAUAAAAAUUUAGGGAAAAUAAGCGAAGAUGAAAGUAGUGGAGUUGUUUGCAAAAAUGGCUCAGGAGAAAUUGGAUCAGAAACAAGUGGCAAAAAGGAUUCGUCUUAUACAGAUUCAAAUAGUGUCUUAAACUACAGAGAAGACUCAAGUAUCCUGUCAUUUGAUAAUGGUGGUAAUCAGAACAUACUUUCAAAUAGUUUAACUAGUAAAGGAAAUGAAACCAUAGAGUCGAUCUUUAAAGCUGAAGAUUUGCUUCCAGAAACAGUUUCGCUCUCUGAGACCAUGGAAAUCAGUAAAGAAGAAGCACCCACAGUCAGAACACUUACAUCACAGUCAUCUUUAAGUAGAAAGCCUAAGGAACGUUGCCCACCCAGCAUGGCUCCACUCUCUGUUUCUUAUAAGAACAUGAGAAGAAGCCCCUCACAAACCUCACUGGAUACCAUUUCACUUGACAGCAUGAUAUUGGAAGAACAGUUGUUAGAAAGUGAUGGAAGUGAUAGUCAUAUAUUUUUGGAAAAAGGUAUUAAAAAGAACUCAACUACAAAUUACCAGAGCCCAGCAGAUCGGGCAAAUGCCAGUGCAAACCUACAGAAUUAUGGUGAAACCUCUCCAGAUGCCAUCAGUACAAAUUCAGAGGGUGCUCAAGAAAAUCAUGAUGACCUGAUGUCAGUUGUGGUGUUUAAAAUUAUUGGUGUUAAUGGAGAAAUUGACAUCCGAGGGGAAGAUAUGGAAAUCUGUCUUCAAGUGGACCAAGUGACACCAGAUCAGUUAGGCAAUAUCAGUCUACGGCAUUACCUUUGUAAUCGUCCAGUAGGUUCAGAUCAUAAAGCUGUAAUUCAUUCUAAAUCUUCUCCUGAGAUUACUCUGAGAUUUGAAAGUGGGCCUGGUGCUGUAAUACACUCUUUGCUUGCAGAAAAGAAUGGCUUUCUGCAGUGCCAUAUAGAAAACUUUAGCACUGAGUUUCUUAUAUCUUCUCUUAUGAAUAUUCAACAUUUUUUGGAAGAUGAAACUGUUGCAACAGUGAUGCCAAUGAAGAUACAAGUUUCUAACACAAAAAUAAAUUUAAAAGAUGACAGUCCUCGUAGUAGUACAGUAUCCCUUGAACCAGCUCCCGUAACUGUUCAUAUUGAUCAUCUUGUGGUAGAGAGAAAUGAUGAUGGCUCUUUUCAUAUCAGAGAUUCUCAGAUGCUUAACACUAGAAAUGAUUUGAAAGAAGAUGUCAGAAGUGAUUCAGUGCUGCUUACCAGUGGAAAGUGUGAUCUGAAAAAACAACACAGUGUCACUCAAGCCACUCAGACGAGCCCAGAGGUUCCUUGGCCUUCUCGGUCAGUCAACUUUCCCGAGUGCUCCUUUGACUUUACUAGGGAACAGCUCAUGGAAGAGAAUGAAUCUCUUAAACAGGAAUUGGCUAAAGCUAAAACAGCUCUUGCAGAGGCUCACUUGGAAAAAGAUGCUCUUCUCCAUCAUAUAAAGAAGAUGACAGUUGAAUAGCAGGAGUGGCAGUCAGAAACUCAAAUUAUAGCUCUGGAGUAUGGUGGUUAUAUUUAUACUGUGAUGUUACCAAUUAGUGGAAGACUUUCCUUUUCAUGAAAAGACAAUAAAAUGAAAUAGAAUGUGAUGCAGUGGUGACUAUUCCAAAGCCAGUUUAGAAAAUACUAGGUACGGGCAUUACAAUCUUUUGGUUGUUUUGUGUUUUGGAGUUUAAACCCUCUUUUAAACUGGUGUGAUAUAGGGAAGUUGACGAAUACUGUAAAAUAAUUACCUGCCUAAUGAAUAGAAGAUGUCAUUUCCUAAUUUUGAUAUUACAUUAUAGGCAUUUUUUAAAAAGAAAAAUUAAAAUCUAUGUGUUCCCACUAUUUAUCACUAUUUGUUAAUAAUUUACUAUUAUUUACAAAGAUUCAGAUGCUUUUAGGGCUAAUGUAAAAUAAAAGGAGGCUUACAUUUUAAAUGUUAUUAAAAUUAUGUACUUAAAUCUAUAUUUAAUUACUGUAAAAAAAAAGUCCAAUCAAAUUAAUAAAUAUCUAAUGGCUCGGUUUGAAAAUUCUAGAAAAUCAUCACCCUACUGCACUUAUGAAGUAACUUGAAAAUGUGAAAAUCAUUUUAAGUGAUGGGUAAACUGUGUAAGUUGAAGCUAUAAUUUUCAACAAAGAAGAUGGCACAAAUGUUAAAAUAAAAAGCACAAACUGUAAAAAAGCAAGACAUUAGAGUAUAUGGCCAGCUGAUUUAAAAAGCAUUAUUUGUACAUUCCUUUAAACAUUUAUUGUUAGAAGUAAAAGAGUAAUUUAACUAUCCUACUAAAUUUAGCAGCAUUUGUAACUAUAAGAAUUUUAACUAAUACUAUUUAUAUUAGUUCUUCACCUUCAUCUUUCCUCUAUUUAAGGAAGGGUAUGUUUUCAGAGAAUUUUCUUUUCACAUACAUAAAACAAUUUCAUACCAUUCCUGUAGUAUCACAACAGGUGGAUGUUUGCACAUGUCAAAUUUAUAAUGCUAGUUUUGAUUAAAGUUCUAUGUGACUUAUAUAUUAUCUUCUAUAAUAGGAAAAACUGGUAAAUUUUGAAUUCUAUUUUCUAGGGAUUGUUAAGUUUGAAACCAACAUGAGAGAGAAUCUCAAUCAUGCAUUAUGAAAUAAAAGUUUAUGAGUAUUUAAGAAACAGAGGCUUUUAACAAUUUAAAAUAUAUUUCUGAUAGAAUUAAACUAAGUGGGGUCUAUUUUAAAAUUCACAUUCUUAAACAUAAAUAUAUCCAAGAUAGAACAUGAAAUAGCUGGACUGCUCUUUCUUUAAGAUACUUGAAAAUUUUCUACUUUUCAACCACGUUCGGACACUUUAUGGUGCUUUGCUUGUUUGGUAUGACUUAUAUAGCCAUCCCUCUAUCUAAGUACUUGGAAGGAAAUACAUGUUUCAUUUUACAUUAAGUGUUGGAGUGAUUUUAGAUUUUAUUGAAAAUGGUACUGGCUUUUUUUUUUUUUUCCUAUAAUGUCCAUUUUAAUUAACAUUAUUUAAAAUACAGGCCCUGUUUUGGGAGCUAAGGAUACAGCAAAGAACAAGUUAAAUUGUUAUUAUUUUACCUCAGAGUGUUUUAAAAAUCCUGUUAAACCAUUUUAAUCUAAGACUAUUAUAUAGUUUUAGAUUAAAAGCAAAGGUCUAGGGCUUCCCUGGUGGCGCAGUGGUUGAGAGUCUGCCUGCUGAUGCAGGGGACACGGGUUCGUGCCCCGGUCCGGGAAGAUCCCACAUGCCGCGGAGCAGCUGGGCCCGUGAGCCAUGGCCGCUGGACCUGCGCAUCCGGACCCUGUGCUCUGUAACGGGAGAGGCCACAACAGUGAGAGGCCCGCGUACCACAAAAAAAAAAAAAAAGCAAAGGUCUAAUUAAAUAUUUUAAAUGUAUAGCUUAUAUCCUUAGUAGAGUACUUUUGAUCUGUAGGUAUAUAGUCAACAAAAGCAGUCUCUAUUAUAGAAAAGCAGGAUUGAUGGGACAUUAACUUCUUCAGAGCUUGCAGUGUUUCUCAGACUUGAACUAUUUGCUCUAUAUGAAUUUUAAAUUUAUGAUGUAUUAUAAUUAUUUAGUGUUAUAGAUGCUGAAUGUUUUUCUUAUUUUCAAUUUAUUUGGCCUUCUCAAGAAAAUCAUAUAAAUAGUAGAGAUGAUAAUUAAUGUGGAUCUGAACAUUCUGUAUGCUUUGUUAGAUUUUUAAAAAUUUAUAGUGAUUACUAUUUUUAUAGAGAUUUAAAAUUAAUAAAACACUUCCAAAAGCAUUAUGUAAUUCCCACAGCAAACCUGGGAGGUAGGUAUUAUUCACAUUUUAAAAGUUAAAUAAAAACCUUAAGGUUCAGAAAGAACAAGUGACUUGACUGAAAUCACAAUAACCUGCUCUUUUACUUAAAUCCCAAUUAUAUGCUUUUAUUUUAUCUUAUUCCUUAUUUCACAGAUUUUUACUGAGGUGGGGAAAGGAAUCACUUAUUGGUCUUUUAUCUGCUUUUCUUUUAAACAUAAAUAAUAAUACUUUUAAAGUGUGUGUGUGUGUGAUGUAUGUAUUAUUCAAACUAUUUAAAAGAUAAGGGGAGAACCUUUAAGUUAACCACAACCUUUUUAGCUGUGUGAGAAAUAUAGGAAUCAACCUGUAAUAAACUUAACAGAGUUUUUUAAAUGACCACAAAUUAGAUAUAAAGUUGCCAUGUCUUUGCUAAAUCCCUAGCAGAGAUGUUAGUAAUCAGGGGAAGAAAAUGAUAUUUGUGUUUUCCUUUUUAAUUUUACAUAUGUGAAAAACAUUUUCUUGGCAUCUUGUUUUCUUUUUUCUUUUCUCA